CCAGCGUUCGUCUUUAGGAAGCGGAAGUAAAAGGGCGGCCGGCCGCUGGGCAGUUUCUCUGAGAGGCAGGCUGCAGAGUGGGCCGCGGGAGAGGCGCGUGUCGGCUUCUCACUGGCGCAGCCUGCACCGCCGCUGCCGCUCCGCCCCGCCCUGCCCUGGCGUUGUCUCUCGCGCUGUAGGGGACAAGCCGCGGCCCGGGCAUGGGCAGCAAGGGAGACGCGAGCGGUGCGUGUGCUGCGGCUGCGCUGCCGGUGACAGGAGUUUGCUGUAAAAUGGGAGUUCUGAUUGUACUCAUGGUUCUGUGGCUGUUCUCCUCAGUAAAGGCGGACUCAAAAGCCAUUACAACCUCUCUUACAACAAAAUGGUUUUCCACUCCAUUGUUGUUAGAAGCCAGUGAGUUUUUAGCAGAAGACAGUCAAGAGAAAUUUUGGAAUUUUGUAGAAACCAGUCAAAAUGUUGGAUCAUCAGAUCAUCACGAUACUGAUUAUUCCUAUUAUCAUGCAAUAUUGGAAGCCGCAUUUCAGUUUCUGUCACCUCUCCAGCAGAAUUUGUUAAAAUUUUGCCUGUCUCUUCGUUCCUACUCAGCUACGAUCCAAGCCUUCCAGCAGAUAGCAGCUGAUGAACCUCCGCCAGAAGGAUGUAAUUCAUUUUUUUCAGUGCAUGGAAAGAAGACUUGUGAAUUUGAUUCCCUUGAGACUCUUCUACUGACAGCCUCUGAAAGACCCAAACCUUUAUUGUUCAAAGGAGAUCACAGAUAUCCCUCGUCUAAUCCUGAAAGCCCAGUGGUGAUUUUCUAUUCUGAGAUUGGCUCUGAGGAAUUUUCUAAUGUUCACCGUCAACUUGUAUCAAAAAGCAAUGCAGGCAAAAUCAGUUAUGUAUUCAGACAUUAUAUAUUUAAUCUCAGGAAGGAACCUGUUUACCUCUCUGGCUAUGGUGUGGAAUUGGCCAUUAAGAGCACUGAGUACAAGGCCAAGGAUGAUACUCAGGUGAAAGGAACUGAGGUAAAUACCACAGUGAUUGGCGAAAAUGAUCCUAUUGAUGAGGUUCAGGGUUUUCUCUUUGGAAAAUUGAGAGACCUGCACCCUGACCUGGAGGGACAGUUGAAAGAACUGAGAAAGCAUCUUGUAGAGAGCACCAAUGAAAUGGCACCAUUAAAAGUUUGGCAGUUGCAAGAUCUCAGUUUCCAGACUGCUGCUCGAAUCUUGGCUUCUCCUGUUGAGUUGGCUUUGGUUGUUAUGAAGGAUCUUAGUCAAAAUUUUCCUACCAAAGCCAGAGCAAUAACAAAAACAGCUGUGAGCUCAGAACUUAGAACCGAAGUGGAAGAGAAUCAGAAGUAUUUCAAGGGAACUUUAGGAUUACAACCUGGAGAUUCAGCUCUCUUCAUCAAUGGACUUCACAUUGAUUUAGAUACACAGGAUAUAUUCAGUCUGUUUGAUGUGUUGAGAAAUGAAGCUCGGGUCAUGGAGGGUCUGCAUAGGUUGGGAAUAGAAGGCCUUUCUCUGCAUAAUGUUUUGAAGCUGAACAUCCAGCCCUCUGAGGCUGACUAUGCAGUAGACAUCAGGAGUCCUGCUAUUUCAUGGGCCAACAACCUGGAGGUUGAUAGCAGAUAUAAUUCGUGGCCUUCUAGUUUGCAAGAGUUGCUUCGACCUACUUUUCCUGGUGUUAUUCGACAGAUCAGGAAAAACUUACAUAAUAUGGUUUUCAUAGUUGAUCCCGCACAUGAGACCACAACAGAGUUGAUUAACACAGCUGAGAUGUUCCUUAGUAAUCAUAUACCACUAAGAAUUGGUUUUAUCUUUGUGGUUAAUGACUCUGAAGAUGUUGAUGGGAUGCAAGAUGCUGGAGUGGCUGUUCUUAGAGCAUAUAAUUAUGUUGCCCAGGAUGUGGAUGAUUAUCAUGCCUUCCAGACUCUGACACAUAUCUAUAACAAGGUGAGGACUGGAGAAAAAGUGAAAGUUGAACAUGUGGUCAGUGUCCUAGAGAAGAAAUACCCAUAUGUAGAAGUGAAUAGCAUUUUGGGGAUUGAUUCCGCUUAUGAUCAGAAUCGGAAGGAAGCAAGAGGCUACUAUGAGCAGACUGGAGUUGGCCCCCUGCCUGUAGUGCUGUUCAAUGGAAUGCCCUUUGAAAAGGAACAGCUAGACCCUGAUGAGUUAGAAACCAUCACAAUGCAUAAAAUCCUGGAGACCACCACCUUCUUCCAAAGAGCAGUGUACUUGGGUGAACUGCCCCAUGAUCAAGAUGUGGUGGAGUAUAUCAUGAAUCAGCCAAAUGUUGUUCCACGAAUCAAUUCUAGGAUUUUGACAGCUGAACGAGACUACCUGGAUUUGACAGCAAGUAAUAACUUCUUUGUGGAUGAUUAUGCUAGAUUUACUACAUUGGAUUCCCAAGGCAAGACUGCUGCUGUAGUCAACAGUAUGAACUAUCUGACAAAGAAAGGAAUGUCCUCCAAGGAAAUCUAUGAUGAUUCUUUUAUUAGGCCAGUAACUUUUUGGAUUGUUGGGGAUUUUGAUAGUCCUUCUGGACGGCAGUUAUUGUAUGAUGCCAUCAGGCAUCAGAAAUCCAGUAACAAUGUUAGAAUAAGCAUGAUAAAUAAUCCUGCCAAAGAGAUAAGCUAUGAGAACACUCAGAUUUCCAGAGCAAUCUGGGCAGCUCUCCAAACUCAGACCUCCAACGCUGCUAAGAACUUCAUCACCAAAAUGGCCAAGGAGGGGGCUGCAGAGGCCCUGGCUGCAGGAGCUGACAUUGCGGAGUUCUCUGUUGGGGGAAUGGAUUUCAGUCUUUUUAAAGAGGUCUUUGAGUCUUCCAAAAUGGAUUUCAUUUUGUCUCAUGCCAUGUACUGCAGGGAUGUUCUGAAGCUGAAGAAGGGACAGAGGGCAGUGAUCAGCAAUGGAAGGAUCAUUGGGCCACUGAAGGAUAGUGAGCUCUUUAAUCAAGACGAUUUCCACCUCCUCGAAAAUAUCAUCUUAAAAACGUCAGGACAGAAAAUAAAAUCUCACAUUCAACAGCUUCGGGUAGAAGAAGAUGUGGCAAGUGACUUGGUAAUGAAGGUGGAUGCUCUCCUGUCAGCACAACCAAAAGGAGAUGCAAGAAUCGAGUACCAGUUUUUUGAAGACAGACACAGUGCAAUUAAACUGAGGCCGAAGGAAGGAGAGACGUACUUUGAUGUUGUGGCUGUCGUUGACCCUGUCACCAGAGACGCACAGAGACUUGCUCCCUUGCUCUUGGUUUUGGCUCAGCUGAUAAACAUGAAUCUGAGAGUAUUUAUGAACUGCCAAUCUAAACUUUCCGACAUGCCUUUGAAAAGCUUUUACCGUUAUGUCUUAGAACCAGAGAUUUCUUUUACUUCAGACAAUAGCUUUGCUAAGGGUCCAAUAGCAAAAUUUUUGGAUAUGCCUCAGUCUCCACUAUUCACUCUGAAUUUGAACACGCCUGAGAGCUGGAUGGUAGAAUCUGUCAGAACACCAUAUGAUCUUGAUAAUAUUUAUUUAGAAGAGGUGGACAGUGUAGUGGCUGCUGAGUAUGAGCUGGAGUACCUGUUACUAGAAGGUCAUUGCUAUGACAUCACCACAGGCCAACCUCCACGGGGACUGCAGUUUACUUUAGGAACUUCAGCCAACCCGGUCAUUGUGGACACCAUUGUUAUGGCCAAUCUGGGCUACUUUCAGCUGAAAGCCAACCCAGGAGCUUGGAUCCUCAGACUUAGGAAGGGACGCUCUGAAGAUAUUUAUAGAAUCUACAGCCAUGAUGGCACCGAUUCUCCCCCUGAUGCUGAUGAGGUGGUUAUCGUCCUCAACAACUUCAAAAGCAAAAUUAUUAAAGUGAAGGUUCAGAAGAAGGCAGACAUGGUGAAUGAAGACUUGCUGAGUGAUGGAACGAAUGAGAAUGAAUCUGGAUUUUGGGAUUCCUUCAAAUGGGGCUUUACAGGAGGACAGAAGACUGAGGAAGUGAAGCAAGAUAAAGAUGACAUAAUUAAUAUUUUCUCCGUUGCAUCUGGUCACCUCUACGAAAGAUUUCUUCGCAUAAUGAUGCUAUCUGUGCUGAAGAAUACCAAGACACCUGUGAAAUUCUGGUUCUUGAAGAAUUACUUGUCCCCCACAUUUAAGGAGUUUAUACCUUACAUGGCAAAUGAAUACAAUUUCCAGUAUGAGCUUGUUCAGUACAAGUGGCCCCGGUGGCUUCAUCAGCAGACUGAAAAGCAGCGCAUCAUCUGGGGUUACAAGAUCCUCUUCCUGGAUGUACUUUUCCCACUAGUUGUUGACAAGUUCCUGUUUGUGGACGCUGAUCAGAUUGUACGAACAGAUCUGAAAGAGUUACGAGAUUUCAAUUUGGACGGUGCUCCUUAUGGUUACACUCCUUUCUGUGACAGCCGAAGAGAAAUGGAUGGCUACAGGUUCUGGAAGUCGGGGUACUGGGCCAGUCAUUUAGCUGGCCGAAAGUAUCAUAUCAGUGCACUAUACGUUGUGGAUCUGAAGAAGUUUAGGAAAAUAGCUGCUGGUGACAGACUCAGGGGACAGUACCAAGGUCUGAGUCAAGAUCCUAACAGCCUUUCAAAUCUUGAUCAAGAUCUGCCCAAUAACAUGAUUCAUCAGGUGCCAAUUAAAUCCCUCCCUCAAGAAUGGCUUUGGUGUGAAACGUGGUGUGAUGACGCCUCUAAGAAAAGGGCAAAAACCAUUGAUUUGUGUAAUAAUCCAAUGACCAAAGAGCCUAAACUGGAAGCAGCUGUGCGAAUUGUCCCAGAGUGGCAGGACUACGAUCAAGAGAUCAAACAGCUACAGAUCCGCUUUCAAAAGGAGAAAGAAACAGGAACGCUGUAUAAAGAGAAGACAAAAGAACCAAGCCGAGAAGGUCCUCAGAAACGUGAAGAAUUAUGAUCUCUGGAGAAAGAUAGGAAAUCACCCCAUUUGAAAAACAGUUUUUAUACUAAAUGCUAGUUUUUUCUGAUCUGUCUAUACAACUGCUGAUAAACUGGCUGGGCAGGAGUGCCAUACCUUUUGAUUCUGAGCAUUUGAUUCUGACUUCUGCACUCCAGUGGGCUCUGGAUCUUUGGGAUUAAGGCUCUAUUGGAUUUGUACCUCAGAGGAAGACCAAGUGGCUGUUCUUUUGUACUCUGUAAAGAGCAUUCUUCUAGCCAGAGGGUGGAAUGGCAGCAGCAACCGGAAGAAAAUGUCUUUUGGUGCCUACACCCAAGGGUACACACAUGCUGCACUGUGUCGGAAAGCAGGCCAGCUGGAGCCGCCAUGUUUUUCCUUACCUCAGUUUACCUGCAGCAUGCACUGUACUGCAGAUGCCCACCCUGUCCUGGGUUUGGCUGGGAGAAGCUCUGUUCAAGGCCCACACACCUCCAGGUUUAAGCCAACGUGCUACUUGUGCCCUCCCCACCUUCUCUUCCCAAGCAUUAGGUGCAUGAAGUGAAAUACAACCAACAUGGUGUGUCAAGGCUGGUAUGGUGCAGUGGCUGGGCAAAUUAAUUUGGGGCCAUGAUGGGGGUAGGUUGCAGUGAGGGUAGGGAAAAUAUCAGGAGUAGGAAGGUUCUGGGGGUUAUGGGAAGGGAAGGAAGACCAAGAACUGGCCAUUCCCUUUUAUAAACCAUUAGUAGCAUCAUGGCUUAUUUGAAAUGAAAACAUUACUCUUAUUCCCCAACCAACUGCAGUGAACUUUCUAGGUAAUUGUUUUAUAAACAAUUUUUGUAUUUGUGAAUGUCUUUGCUUUUUCUUUCCACUUUCUAAAAAAGUCUGUUACCAGUUUCCUUACUGGAUACAGCAAUCCUAAGCCCCUUUCAUAUCCAGUCCGUAGGGUUCAGGCCCCCUCAAGAAGAGCACCACAUUGUCUGUCCUCUCCUGUGGAGGAUUUUCUCUCAGACCCAGGGGAAGUUGCCUUGGACUUUUCUCUGCAAAUGCCCUUAGAUCUAAGACCAGGAACAAUUCUGCCCAUGAAACUCGUGGCUUCCUGUCCUAUUUUCCUGUAUCUGAGCACCGUAGGUUACCUUUGGUUCCCACAGCAGUUCUUUCUUCGUGUUGCAUCAUGAAGCCCCAUUAGCCUUUAGUCCCUGCUUUGUGUGUCUUCACUUCCACAGUCAUUAGUGCCCCUCAGGGCAGCCUGUGCUGAUGAACAGGCUGUAGAGUCUUGGAUGUGUUAUUGGCCUGAGUAGGCCUGAGGCGCUGGCAUGCGACUCCAUCUGCCAGGCUGCAGGGCACAGCAGCACUGGCACAGAUAGGCAUGCUCUGUCUUCCAAUGCACACUGGCCUUUGCUUACAUAUUUUGCUUGUUUUUAAAAAAUAUGAGGAGAGGGUGCAGAUGGAUAGCCAUAUCCUCACCCUUCUAAGCCAGGUAAUAUAUUGAUGUGCAGACUUUUAAAGAAAUCAGUCUUAUCACAAAUAUCACGUAAUUUAUUUUUUCCAUUUUCAAUGCAAAAGUUAGUCUAGGAAGCAUCUCAUUCAUCCCGAAGGACCUUUUGACUUUGCCUUUAUAAUUCCGUUAAAAAUUGAGGAGAGGAUUAAUGGUACAAUGAAAAAAAAAAUUUAAGGAGAGGAGAGCUCAAAAGAGGGUAAGAGACUGAAAAGGUACCUGAUUAUGACUUCCCCCACUCUGCCCCUCUGGUCAGAGCAGCUGGAGAGAUGGGAUCAGUGAGAUUAAAAAACUUGUGUUCAAGCUGCAUCUUCACACUGAAUGAAAACUUCAGAGAGUGAUGGCUGCUGUCCACAACUGUGGGCAGAGGUGUGCCUUUUCUAAGUUUCUUUUCCAGAAGGUUGAACGGGGAUACUCAAAUCUUUACUGGGAUAUAUGCUUUCCAAAUGCUGGCCCCAUGGAACCUUUCCCCAUGUCUUUCUACCAAGCCUCUUACGUUUAUUCUACGCAAGGAAGAUGCAGAGUAGACCAUGUUCUCUGUGUGGUAUACAUGUCCUGGUGUCACUCAUUGCCUCUUAUCUGUCACCACCCUGACAUAAGUCCGCUUAAUCAUUGACUCUGAAUAAUGCAAGACCCAGCUUGCUUGCAAAAUGGUCUAGGACCCUCCUCCUCCUGUCAGUUUCUUUUUUUAGUUCCUGUGGCAUAUUCAUCUUUCAAAAUUAACCAAAUGCCCCAGAAAAUGAUGUUACCACUAAAAUAUUGUCUCUAAGAAGGCAUACUGUGAUGGAAAAGAUAGGUAAGAGAUUUUUUUCCAAGAAAAAAAUCAAGAAGUAAGAAUUGAUUCUGCUGAAUGUUCAAACUCUGUAAACUGUUCACAAUAUGUUGUUCUUAGCCAUCAUUUAUAUAUAAUGAAUUGUUUUUUCUCUUAAUCAUGCCAUAGUGGAAACUUUUGUUUCUGAAUAAGAGACAGAGUAAUAUGAAAUAAUGUGAAUGUCAGAGUGACAUGCAGCACCGUCAGCCUGUUUUUAUGUUCUGUGAACAGUGGCAUUCGAUUGAGAUCAAAGCCUGUCACAGCCUGCUGCUGGGGCUGUGGGAUAUGCCAGGGUACUGUGUUUGGUUUUAGAAGUUUACUGAAUGUUUACCACAUGGAGAGUGAUGGAUGACAUGUUAGUUUCUCUAAGGGGGAUAAAGUUGUGCAUCUACCAAUGUUGCAUUUCAGAUUGAACACAUAGAUGCUUGCCUAUUUACUUGGGUGAAUGCCUCUUGGAAGGGCAAAGAUUGCAUGCAUGAUGUAUGUUAAGAAACAGUUUCCAGAAAUGGAGCUUAAUUUGCUCUGCUCUCCUUAAGCCCCCGUGUUUUUUAUUUAUUUAUUUAUUUUUUUGAGUCUCAUUCUGUUGCUCAGGCUGGAGUGCAGUGGCGCAAUCUCGAUUCACUGCAACCUCGAUUCACUGCAACCUCUGCAUCCCAGGUUCAAGCGAUUCUCCCGUCUCACUCUCCCAAGUAGCUGGGAUUACAGGCGCCUGCCACCACACUCGGCUAAUUUUUGUAUUUUUAGUAGAAACGGGGUUUUACCAUGUUGGUUGGCCAGGCUGGUCUUGAACUCAGGUGAUCUGCCUGCCUUAGCCUCCCAAAAUGGUGGGAUUACUGGCUUGAGCCAUGUCCAGCCAAACCCUUGUGUUCUGAACCUUGUCGAGGUCUGCCUGAAUGAGCUUUCUUCUGAUCGUGGGGACCAAGUCCCUGAGUAGAGGGCCAAGAGCAAGGGAUAGGGGAUCAUUAUGUGGAAGAGACCACAUAAUGGUCUCAGGGAGGAAGGAACUCGCAGAGUUUCCUUUAGCCAGGAAACCUACUCUACUGACCCCAUGACUUGGACAAUCAGACACAACCCUGAUAAUGACAAGUGUAAAAUGAUUCCUUCUCUCCCACCCUCUGGAAUUACAUUUAGAUAUACUUGAAAGCAGUCCUUUUCUAAAAUUGCCAUACCUAGUUUGGCCUGAAUGAUUAAGAUAAAUAACUCAAGAGUUACAGGAAAAAAGAAAAAGAGUUACAAGGGAAUUGUAGUCUAUUUCUCUGAAUAUAAUGUUUGUACUGUGGUAUUACAUUUCAUGGGAAUGGAAAUGUAUUGUAAAGCCACCUGAUGGAAGCUUUCUCUUGGUAAUAAAAAUGGAGGUAUAUUAUGUGCAGAGUCAUCUAAAUAUAUGCAUUCUAUUGUGUAUUUUUUUUUUUUUUUCUCAGAGUUUUGCUCUUGUUGCCCAGGCUGGAGUACAAUGGUGCUAUCUCAGCUCACUGCAACCUCCACCUCCCGGGUUCAGGCAAUUCUCCUGCUUCAGCCUCCUGAGUAGCUGGGAUUACAUGCACCUGCCAUUAUGCCUGGCUAAUUUGUAUUUUUAGUAGAGACAGGGUUUCACCAUGUUGGCCAGGGUGAUCUCCAACUCCUGACCUCAAGUGAUCUGCCCUUCUUGGCUUCCUAAAGUGCUAGGAUUACAGGAGUGAGCCACCAUGCCUGGCCUACUUUUUGCAUUUUUAGUAGGAACGGGGUUUCACCAUGUUGGUCAGGCUAGUCUCGAACUCCUGAUGUCAGGCGAUCCACCCACCCUGGCCUCCCAAAGUGCUGGCUAGAAUUACAGGCGUGAGCCACCUCGCCUGGCCUAUUUGUUGUGUAAUUUUAAUAAUUAGUUUUUUAAGCACUUGAUUUCAUGGGCGCAUUUUUGUGGGAUGAUUGGAGUUAAUCAGAUAGAGCUUGUCGUGUGUCUAGUCUGAUAAGACAACUUCUAAAUUCAUGUUUUCUUUGUCUUGAGGUAGUAAGGGAGAGAUCUUAAUCAGGAUUUUGGUAAUUACCUGAUUGAAUUAAAGCAAAUGAGACAUCAUGAACUUUAGUGGUAUUGAUAUUUCAGGGUGUAUACCUGAAAUACCUGGAGGAUACAGAUUUCUCAUUCAUUAUUUGGUCUUUCAUUUCUCUGUAUACAGAAAUGACACUUCUGGAAGGCAGUAGUGGCAGGGAGUCAAUGAAUUGAGUAGAGGGUCCCAUUCCCUCAGGCUGUCACUGAGCAGUGACAAUUUUUAAAAACAAACUGCAAAGUCUGUGGCAGGCGGCCACAUGCUGCUCCCUAGAAGGAGCACAUAAAGGUUAAGCUCCGUGGUCAAGAAUUGCAAGCAAGAGGUCCUCUCCUGAGUCUUUCCCAGGUACCCAGCAGCGCAGAGCCAGCCAUGGAAGGUUGCAGUGGGACAGGAGUGUACUGUAUGCCUUGCCUUACUUGUCACCAUUGAGAUUUCCAGAGAAAUGGGCAGAGCGCCUUUUAACAGCAACAACAAAAAGCAGAAUACAUUAACCUAAGCUCGACAGCGAAGAUUAUCAUCAAGUACCAUGUUUUCCAACCAACCAGUCAUUCAUGGUAAUAACAAGAUAAAGGUGGGAAAAUCUUAGAAUUUUUCAGGAAACUACUUUGCAAAUCUUCUUCAUGAACAUCUGAUUUUACGGUAAUUCUGCUCCAUUAAAUGCAACAAUGUGUUCAGGUGCUGCUCCUUGCUUGGUAACAGCAUUGGGGUUUUAAAUGUUUGCGGAAUCUCUGCAUCUGAGGGGAAUUGAGAAAGAACUUCCUGGUACUGUAAUGAAAAUAAGGUCUGCUCAACACAAUAAACUUUUCCUGUCUUCUUUAAAA